AUAAGUUAAUCUCGCUUGCUCCUCCUCCUCUCUCUUCUCUCUCUUCGUGUGUGUAACGGAUACGUGUAUUCAUCGGGGAUCUAAACAGAGUUCGAAUUCGUCCUUCGCUUGAGAACAUCAGAGAUUUAGCUUUCUGAAGUGAACCCAGAAAUCAACUUGGAAGAAGAUAAACCCUAAUGUCCAAUCAACUCCUACCCCAAACCCUAAUCUCCACAAUUGCACACACCGGAGACAGCGAGCUGGAAGAAGAAGAAGACCAAGAAGAAGAAGAGCUGGAGAAUCUGGAAGCAGAGGUGAAGGAAAUGGCACAGAGAAUACUCGAGUACCGGACCACAAUGCCGGAACAGUUCAAGAGAGCUCUAGAGUCCACACUGUCUGCUCAGAGACCCUUCAUGCCGGCACCAAACCUUCUUCUCGAAAGAUCAGCAGCGGCGGAACCCUCCUCUCAUGGUGGACCUAACGAAGAGGGAAAUGAGGAGGGGGGUUUAGUUGAAGAAGAUAAAGAGAUAUUAGAGAAAGCAGAACUGGUUAAAAGGAAGAACUCGAAAAAUUUGUCAAGCAUGCCAGUGGUUAUGAAAAGAAUGAAAGAAUGUAUGGCCAGAAUAGACAAGUUAGAAGAAACAAGGCUGGGUUUCAUUCAUCCUGCAUUUAGAAAGAAGAAGACUACGACGGAGGGAGCUAGCUUUACUUGACAAUUUUCGACUUGUACAUGUAAUUUAUGUGCUGCUUUUAAGUCAAUGAUGUUUGUCUGUCCGGUGUCUGUAUUCAAUUUGCUGCAUUGUAUGUCUCUUCUAGGUUGCUUUUGAGAUUGUUUUCUUACAACACAAUGUAUGUCUCGCUUUGUUGUUGUCUAAACAACGACUUACUGAAUAGUUAUGCUUGUUCACUCCAA